AUGAUGCUGGCAGAUUUCCUCCUUUUGCUCCUCCUAACUGGUGGAUGUACUGCAAAUUCCUUAGAGCAACCAGAGCUUCUUGAUGAUCAACUGGAGAAAUACCAGAGCUCCGGGGAAGGUGGAAGUACCUCCAAUAAUUCAGAACAAAUUGAGCUUUCUGAUGAUUACUUGUACUACUUCGAGGACAUCGCGGAAGAUGAGGUGGCCUUUAAAAUUCCCUGUGGUUAUCAUGAUGUUAUAAACUACCUGAACCUGACCACAAACAAGGAGCUAUACACCACAUCUCGACCUGUUAAAAACUUUAAAGACAUAACACGGGUAUACCUCACAAUGGAGAUUGAUGACAUCCUAGAUGUGAGAGAGAUUGACCAGACUUUGGUCCUUUCUGUUUGGAUUUAUAUGGGCUGGAAAAACUCCCAUAUAAUGUGGUUUCCACCUGAUUUUUGUGGACUUCAUCAUAUAGUAGUUCCCACUGAAUUGUUGUGGAAGCCAGAUCUGAUUAUUGAAGAGGUGACAGAGAAGAACAAGGCUCCUUUAAGUCCGUAUAUUUCUGUUAGAUGGCAUGGUACUGUCGAAGCAACUAACAACCAUGUGUUGGUCAGUACAUGCAGGAUGCAAAUUUAUAAAUUCCCCUUCGACAUUCAGAGCUGCAGGCUCUCCUUCAAGUCAGCUUUACAUAAUGAUAAGGAAAUAAAAUUUGAAGCCAUUGUCGAUACUUCAGAGAUCGAGAUGAUGGAGAACCAGUACGAGUGGCUUUUUAUCAAUAUGACAGUCGCACAAAAGACAGUCAAACAGAGAACCAUAAACGACUUCAAAUACAACCAAAGCGUGAUUGUUUACAAGAUCACCAUGAAGAGGCAGUCUGUCCUCUACAUCGCCAACUUCAUACUACCCAUCCUGUUCUUCUUCUGUCUGGACUUGGCCUCCUUCCUGAUCUCGGACAGAGGAGGCGAGAAGCUCAGCUUCAAGGUCACUGUGCUGCUGGCUGUCACUGUGAUGCAACUUAUUCUCAAUGAUAUUUUGCCCUCUUCAGACAGGAUUCCACUUAUAGUUGUCUAUUGUAUUGGGAUUUUUGGUUUGAUGAUGCUAAAUCUAAUGGAGACUAUUUUGGUGAUGUAUCUGGUGGAGAAAGACUUUGCACCCCAAGACAAUGAGGCAAAUAACGACCAAAGCCCAAGUGAGGACUGUGAAGACAAAGAGGGCAAAGACAACAUACACAACCGCGGUAGAGGGUUCAAGAAAUGUACUGACUGCGUCUGUGAUGUGUCUGCUGAUGAACCUCCAUCUCAACCGUUGUCUGUGACCAUAAAGGUAAGAAUUGGCCUACUGGAUUUUCCCCCUGGAUUACUUCUGCAGGGUAGCAGAAGCCAUCUGACGGAGGAGUUCCACACUUUAGAGAAGGUCUCAGAUGAGCUGAGGGCAGUGCAGGAAACUCUGAAUCUGGUUCUCAACAGCAGGAGGGAAGAAGGUAAGCCCGGCUACUGGACCAGAGUGACUAAAAGAAUAAACAAAGUUUUCUUCAUUUUCUAUAUCACAGUGGCCAGUGUGUUUUUAGUUGUUCUCUUUUCAGCAUGGACAGAUGCAGAACACAAGUAG